GUGGUACUUGUCGAUGUAAAAAACAAAAUUAAAGGAAAAGCAAGAACAUUCUCUCUGUCUCUCUCUCUCUCUUUUCUGUUGUCCGUUGCUGCAGUCUUCGUCUCAGAGUAAAUCGAGCCUUUGAAGCAGGGCAGAAGAGCCAAUUUUUCAGAUUGUUCAUACACUUAUAAUUGUUGUUCCCGGCCGUAUUUGUCAUUUCAGCUCUUGAUGAGAACACGUUUACCCACCAAAACAUGGCUGCUGGGAAGGAAGAAGUAGAGGUUCAUGACAAGCUUGCUGAUUCAUUCAAUGAUCUCUUCACCAGUGUCUCCACCAUGGUCAAAGGCGAACUUCAGGGGACGAAUAAUCUGUUAGAACUUUUGGAAAAAAUGAAUCUAAGAGUGGCUGAAGAGUAUAAAGGUUUUGGUGAUGUGGCUUCUGGGUUGAGGAUUUUUGUAGAGCAGUUAAAGUCAAAAAGUGGUAAUUUCGAUGAGUAUGUUCAGCAAAUUGAUUUAAUAGAGCGACAGGUGACUGAAUUUGAGGCUGUAAUUUCUAUGCUUGAUAAAUAUGUUUCUUUAUUAGAAGCAAAAGUGCAAUCUGUGUACCAACAUCAGCCUUCAUAAAUUAAAGGUUCUUGUUUGAAAUUAUUACUUUCAACUUCAUUUAUCACACUGAUACUGGGUGCUUUA